GCGACGCAAGAGGAAAGUCAUGCGAUGGGAUGUGUUUGCCGCUCUCAGCCAUGCACUGCAACCCUCCACUAUUCGCCAUAUUGGCUGCGUGGUUUGGGAAUGCAAAGACUUCGGUGAUAGGAGUUUGUUUAGGCCUAUUUCUAUCAGAAAGGGCUAUUUAGGAUGGCUAGUGCAACUGUAGACCAGAAGCCAGUAUUACCUGGGACUUCUGGUCAGCCCCAGGAUGACCUGGCCAAGCCCCUUCAUGUCCAGCACAUAGAGAAGUGUUUGGAGUUGGGGCCAUUUCUUAGCUAUGUUGACAAAGUGCUAAGCAUUCCAGAUUUACCGAGUGAUUCAGACACCACAGAUACAGAUACUGAAUUAUCUGACGCAGAGGGCAUGAAAAUAGUUAAUGGGGUUGCUACAACAAAGCCAGAGAGGAGGGCAGACAAGACCCGGCUCUAUAACUUCACUAAAGUAAAGAAAAGUAGAAAAUGGUUAAAGAACAUCUUGUUAAGUGAUAGUUCGUCUGAUGAGGACGAUGAUGAAAUGACUCCUGAAAAAAUGCAAGAAAUGCUCAGAAUACACAAACUACAGAGACAGUGCCAGAUACAGUUUUACAAUGACCCACAGUUACAUCAGUAUCAGUAUUAUAGUGUGGGGUUACUGUCUAACUACGACAAAUAUCAUGACCACCACAAGCAGAUUCUUGGGCCUAAAAAGAAGGGACCUAAAGAUGAACAGAAAAAAUUAGAGAAAAAGCUUAUGAAAGCCAAGCUGAAGAAGCUAAAGAAAGAAAGAGGGUCAGAUGAACUUAAGAGCCCUCCUAUUCACCACUCCACCCAUACUCUGAAGGUGGUCAAGGUGAAGAGACUAACACCAGAGCAGGCACUGGUGAAGAGAAAAAGAAUGUGGAUGAGCAUAGUGAAGAAAGAAGUUCCUAAGGCUCAGAAACAAAGGACAUCAACACGUAAAGAAAUGUUUUCAAAUGCGAGGAAGCUAGCAAAAGAAUGCAUGAAAGAGAGCCGUAGGAAAGCACUGCAGUUCCAGCGUAGCACUAAAGAUAGUUUACAGAGAGCACGUCGGCUAACUAGGGAGAUGUUAGUCUACUGGAAGAGAUUUGAAAAAGUGGAGAAAGAGUCUCGUAAAAAGGCAGAAAAAGAAGCCCAAGAACAGAGGAAAAUGGAUUUGGAAUUAAUGGAGGCAAAAAGGCAGCAAAGGAAGUUGAAUUUCUUAAUCACCCAGACAGAACUGUAUGCCCAUUUCAUGAGUCGCAAGGUAGCGGGAGGUAAUGACACAAUGCAGAAAGAGAUUUUACAGAGAUUGGAUGAUGAUGACGGGGACUCCAAGCGCCAUCUGGAGGUAUCUGGUGGAUUGGUUACAGACAUGAAGGGAGAUAAUUACAAUAGUGAAUCUAUGAAAAACAUAGCUGUAAAGAAUGCUACAGAUGCUUUCCAAGCUCACCAGGCAAAAACCAAGUCAUUUGAUAGUGGUGUUGUGAUGAGACAGAAAGCCAAAAAAUCAUUGGACUCUAGCCUGUCAACACCAGACCUCACUAUGGAGGAAGAGUUGCCACAGCCUAGUAUAUUUGAAGGCAAAUUGAAGGCUUAUCAGUUGAAGGGCAUGAACUGGUUGGCAAGUCUUUACAAUAAAGGCAUCAAUGGUAUAUUGGCAGAUGAGAUGGGACUGGGAAAGACAGUUCAGAGCAUUGCACUUCUCUCUCAUUUGGCUGAGCACCAUGGCAUUUGGGGGCCUUUCCUUGUGAUUGCCCCUGCAUCCACCCUACACAAUUGGCAACAGGAAUUCUCCAAGUUUUUGCCAAGAUUCAAGGUUGUACCAUACUGGGGUAAUACACAGGAUCGUAAAAUCCUUCGUAGCUUCUGGGAUCAAGCCCACGCCUAUACGGAGCAAUCUUCCUUCCACGUUGUGAUCACCAGCUAUCAGCUGGUCAUCCAGGACAUGAAAUACUUCCAGAAGAUCAAGUGGAUCUAUAUGGUGCUGGACGAGGCCCAGGCAAUCAAGAGUAGCAGCAGUAUCCGCUGGAAGAUGCUGCUUGGAUUCAGCUGUAGAAACAGAUUGCUACUCACUGGAACACCCAUACAGAAUAGUAUGGCUGAGCUGUGGGCUCUUCUGCAUUUUAUCAUGCCUACGCUGUUUGAUUCCCAUGACGAGUUCAAUGAGUGGUUCUCUAAAGACAUAGAGGGAAGCGUGGAGAAAAUGUCUGGCAUGGAUGAAAAUUGCCUGUCAAGACUUCACAUGAUAUUAAAACCCUUUAUGUUGAGAAGAGUGAAAAAAGAUGUAGAAAAUGAGCUCUCUGAUAAGAUUGAAAUCUUAGUGUACUGCCAUUUAACAAGGCGACAGAAGAUCUUGUAUCAGGCCAUUAAAAACAAGAUAAGAAUAGAGGACCUAAUUCAGUCGGCAAUGGCCACAUCAGCAUCUCAAGCACAGAGCACAACAAGUAGUCUCAUGAAUUUAGUCAUGCAGUUUAGAAAGGUGUGCAAUCAUCCAGAGUUAUUUGAACGUAGAGAAGUGAGGAGCCCAUUCCAUUACAAACCAGAGACAUUCAUCUUGCCAAAGAGGAUAUAUAGAGAGUGUUUGAUUGAUCAUGCUCUUCCCAGCAAACAAAGAUUGUUGUAUAAUAUGUUUUGUAUAUACAACCCAGAAAAUGUACACCGUUCAUUGGUUGGCACCAG